GUGUGAGUGUGUGUGCCACCACAUUCAGUGGCUGCCCCUGGGCGUAGGAGGAGAUCUUAUCGCUGCUAGGUGUGUGUGGAGUUUCAGGCUACCUCAUCACCCCCCAUCUCUCUACCUCCCAUUGGGCCUUGCCCCUCAUCCUCUAUACAGGAAGUGGGCUCGCCCUGGGUUUCAGUCUGUUGCUGGCCUAGCUGUUGUCUGCUACCUAAGCUUCGGAGCAGGAGAUGGCCGUGGACCCAGCCUCCAGGACUGCAGGGAAUAUCUCGACACAACUCCAUGUUGCAGCCAGGGCUUGCAUCCUCAGCUCUGCCUCUUGGCUGUGAUGGCGACCAUAGCUCUUUCCUGGCGUCUGUCCCUCUAUAUCUUCCUCCUUCUCCUGGCUACACCUUGGACAUCUGCAGCAGUGAAAGACUGUUCCCAUCUUGAGUGUUUCUACAACUCAAGAGCCAACGUCUCCUGCGUGUGGAGCCACAAAGAGGCCCUGAAUGUCAAAACCUGCCACAUCCAUGCCCGGCCAAGCCUACGACCCUGGAACAAAACCUGUGAGCUAAUUCUCGUGAGGCAGGCAUCCUGGGCCUGCAACCUGAUUCUCGGGCCCUUCCCAGACUCUCAGUCACUGACCUCCGUGGACCUCCUCGACAUAAGUGUGGUGUGCCAGGAAGAUGAAGGUUGGCAUAAGGUGAAGACCUGCACCUUCCAUCCCUUUGACCACCUUCGCCUGGUGGCCCCUCAUUCCCUCCAAGUCCUGCACAUGGAAACCCAGAGAUGUAACAUAAGCUGGGAGGUCUCCCAGGUCUCUCACUAUGUUAAACCAUACUUGGAAUUUGAGGCUCGUAGCCGUCUUCUGGGCCAUAGCUGGGAGGAUGCAUCUGUACUAAGCCUCAAGCAGAGGCAGCAGUGGAUCUUCUUGGAGAUGCUUAUCCCUAACACCUCAUAUGAGCUCCAGGUGAGGGUCAUAGCUCAACGAGGCAAAAACAGGACCUGGAGUCCCUGGAGCCAGCCCCUGGUCUUUCGGACAAGGCCAAGGCCAGCAGAUCCCACGAAGGAGAUCCUACCCCUGUCAUGGCUCAGAUACCUUCUACUGGUCCUCGGUUGCUUCUUUGGCUUCUUGUCCUGCGUCUACGUUUUGGUCAAGUGCCAGUACCUUGGGCCAUGGUUGAAGACAGUUCUCAAGUGCCACAUCCCAGACCCGUCUGAGUUCUUCUCCCAGCUGAGCUCCCAGCAUGGGGGAGACCUUCAGAAAUGGCUCUCCUCGCCUGUCCCCUCAUCCUUAUUCAGCCCCACCGGCCCUGCUCCUGAGAUCUCUCCACUGGAAGUGCUUGACGGAGACUCCAAGGCCUUGCAGCUGCUUCUGUUACAGAAGGACACGGCCCCCUCACCCUCACCCAGCGGCCACUCACAGGGCAGCUGCUUCACCAACCAAGGCUACUUCUUCUUCCACCUGCCCAAUGCCUUGGAGAUUGAGUCCUGCCAGGUGUACUUCACCUAUGACCCCUGCAUGGAAGAGGAUGUGGAGGAAGAUGGGCCAGGGCUGCCCGAGGGAUCUCCCCUCCCACCUCUGCUGCCUCUGGCUGGAGAACAGGAUGACUACUGUGCCUUCCCACCCAGGGAUGACCUGCUGCUCUUCUCCCCGAGCCUGAGCACCCCCAACACUGCUGCCCCUGAAGAAAGGCCUCCCCUCUCCCUGCAAGAGAGACUUCCCUCUCUAGCAUCCCCUGACCUGAUGGGCUUACAGUGCCCUCUAGAGCUGGUGCUGGAAGGUGAUGGAGAGGGAAUGUGUACCAAUAGCUCUGGGGAACAGGCCAGUGUCCCGGAAGGCAGCCUUCAUAGGCCAGAUCAGGACAGAGGCCAGGGCCCCAUCCUGACUCUCUACACAGAUGCCUAUCUGUCUCUUCAAGAACUACAGGCCCAAGAUCCAGUCCACCUUAUAUAGACAGGUGGCCAGGAUUGGGAUUCAGCUGCCUGGAUCAGGUCAGGCUUGAGGAGGACUGCUUAAGGCGUCUCUUGAGGACAGUCCACUGUUGAGGACUGUCCUGGUUAUCCCCACCCCCAAACUUAGUCAUCCACUUCUGAGCUCCACUUGAUACUUCCUGGUCUAGCCAGGGUUUGGGGUGGGGAGCGGUGGUCAGCUCCAUGGCCCUAUUUAGUCGUGAGGUCAUUAGCUUUCUGAACCUGCCUCGUUUCUUCUUGCUUACCUUCACAGGGCAGCUAGAACUUGCUUCCCCAAAUACAAAUGCAGCCUUGCUCCUCUUCUAUUCCCGAGCUUGCUGUGGCUCCCUACUGCCCUCUGCCCCAUUUCCUGUCCCAACUCUUGCCCCACCAGCCCUGAUGUGGAACAGCCAUCCUCAGGUUGUGUGGUGGCUGUACACUGUCUUAAUCAGAGCAGCUUUGACAACCCAAAUGAAGAGAUCCUGAUAAGACUGGAGGCGGCCUAUCAACUAUUGAGGGUCCCUCACAGAAGGAGGGGAUGGGAAGGGUCAUCAGCUUAUCAUCUGAGCUCUUAGCCACUCUCCUGUGCCCCAUCCUCAGCUAUGUGUGAUUCUGCUCCUGGAGCAUGCGUUAUUUUAUGUGUUCUCGGGAGAUGCUGGUAUAUGUAGGGGGGUGGUGGGGAGAGGGAGGGCUAAUUGAAGUGAGGGCUCCAUCUAUGUUGCUUUGGGGACCUUGUCGUCUAUUCUGGGGGUGGGGGUUUCUGUGAAGCAGCUUCUUUGGGGUGUCCUAGUCCCCUGCCAGUAAGCCUAAUAGACUCAAAGGUUCACCAAGUUGGACUCGAGUGCACUUGUGCCUUUGAUGCUGUAUCUGGGAGAAGUACUUAUUUGUUUAUAUAUCCUUGAAGCUAAGAAAAGCUUACACCCACAA